AGCAAUGUCGGUAUUCUCUCUCCCGCCCCCUCCCUAGUACCUCCUGCAAAUCAUUAUUAUAUUAUAUCCUCUCCGUGCAUCUCCUCCACCGUCACCGGCGGCCACUUCCCCCACCACCUCCUCACAAACUUCCGGUCAAAAAACCACCCACUUUCCUCAAUAUUUCCCAUUUUUCACCAAAUUCCAAAAUGCUAGAGUCUGUCAUUAUCAGUGGCUGUUAAAUACAUUCCAAGAUUAAGUUCCCAUUAAUACCCAUUUCAGAUGUUAUUCAAAGUCACAAACUGUACUUUUCUGUUUAGAAUUACAGAAAAAAAAAUCUUGAUGCAUAUUAUUAACUCAUAAUUCAGGGGUAGGUGGGAACUGAUGAAUGCAAGAAAUAUGAAAAACAGAAUUGGAAUUAACAACAUGGGUUUGAAGAGAAUAGGGGAAGAAAAGAUUAUUAAGGCACAUGUAAGGUCUGCUAAAAUGAAGAUUUGGAUAAUUAGGGGGACAACAAUGGUGUUGUUAUGGACUUGUUUGGUUCAGUUAACUGCAAUAGGGGAUGUAUGGGGACCAAGUGUUUUAAAAGGUUUGCCUUCAGUUACUCAAGAUUCUCAUUCUUUGGAUGCUAAGUUUUUGUCUACUGUUCCUGCUAGAGUCCUUCCACACAUGAGGGUUUACAGAAACAAUGGUUACUUGAUGGUAUCAUGUAAUGGGGGACUCAACCAAAUGCGUUCAGCAAUUUGUGACAUGGUUGCAAUUGCAAGAUUCUUGAAUGUUACUCUAAUAGUUCCCGAGCUCGAUAAAACAUCUUUCUGGGCCGAUCCAAGGUAUCCCAAAUCGUGUCAUUUUACUUCGUGCAUAUUGAAAACCGAUGAUUUGAUAUUCAUUGUUAGUUAUAACUUUAAUGACAGCGAGUUUGAAGAUAUAUUUGAUGUUGAUCAUUUCAUUACAUCUUUGAGAAAUGAAGUCCAGAUACUUAAACAACUUCCUCCAAGGCUUAAACAAAGAGUCGAUUUAGGAAUCGUGCAUACGAUGCCUCCAGUUAGUUGGUCUCAUAUUUCUUAUUAUCAUAAUCAGAUUCUUCCUUUGAUUAAAAAAUACGAAGUCGUGCAUUUGAAUAGAACCGAUGCUCGGCUUGCCAAUAACGCUCAACCCAUUGACCUUCAAAAGCUUAGGUGUCGAGUAAAUUUCAAUGCGUUAAGAUUUACUCCUCAAAUAGAACGCUUAGGUAGGCGAGUUGUAAAACGUUUGAGACAAAACGGGCCGUUUCUAGUUCUUCACUUAAGAUACGAAAUGGAUAUGUUAGCGUUUUCUGGAUGCACCCAAGGAUGCAAUCCUGAUGAGGUGGAAGAGUUGACUAGAAUGAGAUUUGCAUACCCAUGGUGGAAAGAAAAGAUUAUAAACUCCGAAUUAAAAAGAAAAGACGGUUUAUGCCCUUUGACUCCUGAAGAAACCGCGCUUACAUUAAGGGCGCUUGAUAUUGAUAGUGAUAUCCAGAUUUACAUUGCUGCUGGUGAAAUAUAUGGCGGUCAAAGGAGAAUGUCCGCUCUUGCAAACGCUUUUCCGAAGUUGGUAAGAAAAGAGACUUUAUUAGGAGCAAAUGACCUACAAUUUUUCCAAAAUCAUUCAUCACAAAUGGCAGCAUUGGAUUAUCUUGUAUCGUUGGAAAGUGACAUUUUUGUCCCUACUUAUUACGGGAACAUGGCCAAAGUCGUAGAAGGCCAUCGCCGAUACUUGGGAUUCAAGAAAACAAUACUAUUGAACCGAAAGCUAUUGGUUGAACUAAUAGACAAAUACAUGAGCGGAUUGUUGACGUGGGAUGAUUUCUCAAGCGUAGUUAAAGAUACACAUGCUGCACGCAUGGGGAGCCCUAAAAGACGAGUCGUUAUUCCAAAUAAACCUAAAGAAGAAGAUUAUUUUUAUGCGAAUCCUGAAGAAUGCUUGCAGCCAGCAGAGACUGAACCUCUGAGCAUUUUAUGAGAUGGAGUUUAUGAGUUAGUUAGCUCUAAAGUUGAGAUAUACAGGUUUAUUAUUAUUAUUAUUAUUAUUAUUAUUAUUAUUAUUAUUAUUAUUAUUAUCAUUAUCAUUAUCAUUAUCAUUAUCAUUAUCAUUAUCAUUAUCAUUGUAACGCCUUGUUUUUCCAAACUUUCCUUAUUUAGAAAGUUUGUUUCGUACUUCUAUUUUCAGAAACUUGUAUCUCUUGUAAUCAUAUUUUGUUUCGAAUCAUUGUAAUCCGAGGCUUUGAU